CUCAAAAUAAUAAUAAAAUCAAAUGCAAAAGUGAAAAUUAUGUCAAGUUUCUGAAAGGGAAAUUCAGUGAGGAGGAGACGGAGGGAGAAGAGCGACAAGCAUCAGUGAUUGGACUGCGAAACUACAGUGAGUUUCUUCCCGGGCAGAAUUUUGGGUUUAUCUGUGAAAGGAAGAAACUGGCGUUCGAAGAGCUAGUAUUGAGGUAGAUGAUUUAAUUUGGGGGUAGCAGGCUUUGGAAUUGGAAAGCUUUUGCCUGAGUAUCGUAAAUUGGACGAGCUAUGCGCAUUUGAACGGCUACGUGACGCGAAUAAUUAAGAACCUUAAUCUAGGGUUUCGCGUAAGGGCGGGUUCAUUGCUUAAUGAUGUUGAACUUAUGAAGGGCAGGUUCAUUGCUUAAUGAUGUUGGUCUUAUGUACGUUUUGAGCAAUUUUGGUGGUAUAAGAUUUGGGUUUUGAUUGUGCGAACCCUAGAUUUGGGUCUUGUGAUCUUUUGUACGAGGAUUGCAUGGAAAGUCCCGUUUCAGUGAGUUGCAUUGGAGUAUUUACAAAUUGCUGUAAUUGAUCAGUUGGCAAUCCUGAAGUGGAUAAAUUUUGCGAGCUGAGAACUUAGAUGAUACAUGGAAAUACAUUAGUACAUUGCGGUCCAUAGCUUUCGCAAGAUUAUGACACUCGAAGAUUUCUUCACUAAGACAGAGAUGAAUAAUGGGCUUACAGCCCCUUCUCGAGUCAGGGAACUCAUAGCUGUCAUGCAGAAAGAGAAGGGCCCUAUUGUGAAUAAUUCAGCUGAAUCGUCAAGGAAGUGGUCAGCUGUUGCAGGUGCUAUAGCUGCCACUGAGAACAAGGAGUGUCUUGAUCUAUUUAUUCAGUUAGAUGGCCUUCGUUUUAUUUCUGAAUGGAUGAAGGAUGCCCAGAAGUUCUGUAAUGAAAUUGAUGGCUUUGCGGAAGAUACUGUUGCUAAUUUGCUGAGAGCACUGGAAAAACCGCACCUGGAAUAUGAUAAGGUGGUUGCUUCUGAAAUUUGGGCAACUGUUCAGGAUCUCCGUGUCCACAGCAGUUUAAAGGUUCGGAAUGAAGCUCAAGCAUUGUUUGAAAUCUGGACAAUGAAUAGAGAUUGUGCUGCUUCUAUUUCAGACGUUGAGAAUUCUAGAUCCAUAACUGAUGAUGAGGCUGCAAAGAGUACUGAUCCAGUGAAAGGUGUAACCCAUAUGGAGACUACUGUGGGAAGUGAUGCUAGCUCCAAGGAAACUUCUAAAGAAAAGAGUCGUAAAAUGACUGGAGAUCGUGAAAUACUUUCCAAAAAUUGUGAUGCUGUUCACACCAGCCAGCUCGGGAGUGCACAAAAUUCAGAGACACUCUUAGAUUCUGCAGUUAUGAAGCAAGCAUCAGAUGAAAUAGGAUCACCCCCAUUGCCGAGAUCUUCAGUAGAGCCUUAUUGUCAUCAUGUUGGUACUGCUAUUGAGCCAUGUAGUCCAGCUGUUUCUAAACUUGCUCUUGACACACUUACUGGGACUAAUCAGUCUAAGUCACCCAGCUAUGAAGAGCGAUUCCCAAAGACUGGAAAAUCACCACCAAAAUCAAGCUUGGUUGAAGAAUCAAAGCCAGCAGAAGAUAAAAAUAGUACUAGUUCUGAAGUUUUCAGUGAAAUGCAACUGGCAGCUGAUGCCAGUCCACUUAAAACCUCUGUGGCUGAGGAACAGAGUUCGUGCAAUGUACAGCUAUCACAUACUGAAGAUUUGGGAACUUCAGGAAGCAAAGAUGAUAAGACUAGCACACCUGACCCCAAAAAAAGUGAUCUGGUUGGUCAUUAUGAUCUCAGCAUAAACAAAAUGAGUAAGAAACCUGAUCGAGCUGCUGAGAAGUCCAGUUUAGAAAUAGAUUAUGGAAUUAUUGAUCCUUUGGAGUUUGCUAGGCAGGUCGCCAUAGAAGUGAAGAGAGACAUUGUGGAUUGUGGAGAACAGAGUGGUGGUUCUUCUGAGAAAAUACCAGAAAAUAAUGUGGAGCAGCCUGAAAACCCAGACUACAUGAGUGGAAAGCAAUUAUCACAUGCCAGUGAGGGCUCACGUGAGCAGGAGGCAAGUGAUCCAGAUUUGUUCGCUGGCUCUUCAUCCAUGCAUCAGAAUUCUGCUUCUAGUCUGGAAAAUGUAAGCAGCCAGCAGACAAAUAACAGAAUAGACAUGGUAAACUCUGAAAUUGGUGACUCUGUUCAAGCAGAAGCUAAUCCUGUGAAAGGCCCACAUGAUUUUGAUCUGAACGAGAAAUUUCCCUCUGAAGAUGCUGAUCAUCCUGGGAGUGAACAUUUGGUAUCAAUAUCCACUGUGACUUCUUCAACCGCAGCACCACCUGCACCACCCAGUGCUUCAUUGCAGUUCGAGGGUAAUCUUGGAUGGAAGGGUUCUGCUGCAACCAGCGCUUUCCGCCAAGCAUCACCUCGCCAAAUGCUUGAAAAUGACGCGGGCCCUUCUUCCCAGAGGGCAGGUAGCAGCAGCUCUAAGCAACAAGUAUGUCUUGAAAUUGAUCUGAAUGCUGAUGAAGGUGCUGGUGCUGGAGAAGGAGGUCCUUCUGGAGAAUCUUCUGUUGAGAUGAAAAGAAGAAGAUCCGAACAUCUUGAAUUGGACCUGAAUUGUGCAAGUGAUGAUGGUGGAACUCCUUCAGAUUGGCAGAUACAACAGCUAUUUCCGCAUGGAAAUCAUUCUAAUUCUUCAUCAUCCUCAAAGCAGCCUGCAAGGAACAUUAACUUGAAUGAUCAGCCUUCUUUUCCCAACAACUCUUCUGAUAACUGCCAUUUAAGUAUAGCAUCACAAAAUCAGAUCAAGUCUGGCGACUCAGUGAUAUCUAUAAUGGGAACAAGAGUGGAAGUCAAUCGGAAGGAUUUUGUUUCUCCUACACCUUCCAUAUCAAAUGGCCGAACUUCAGAGCUUACUUUUGAUGCUAACUUGGGGAGCACAGGUGGCGGCUUUCUUGGAAUUGGAUCUCCAAUUCCGUAUACUCAUUCUCCACUCUAUGGUGGCAACAACAUGGCACCCACACCGGUCAUGCCUUACUCCUCUCCUAUAUAUGGAUCUGCUGCACCCUUUCUGCCUCCAUACAUGGUUGAUUCCAGAGGGGCACCUGUUAUCCCGCAGCUUGUGGGCUCUGCUUCAGCUAUGCCAGCCGGUUUCUCACAGCCACCCUUUGUUGUAAACAUGAAUGGCUUCGCUCCUCCUCCGAAUGGGGGGAUUAGGCCAUUGCAGAGCAGUUUUGAUGUUAAUUCUGGAAUGUUGCUGGAAAGUGGUGGUAGUAAAGACCCUCCAGGCUUUGGACUGUUCUUGAACUCAACUCAAGUCCAGUCGGUGGAUGAGCGGCUCAGGUCCUAUUCGCAGCCCACUGUAAAUCCAGCUCUUGGUGGUAAGCGAAAGGAACCCGAAAACGGCUGGGAAAAUUACCCUUUCAGGCCUUACAUGCCACCUUGGAGAAACACCUGAUCUGAUUCAUAUGCUCUGGUUCUGUUGGGGCCUCAAUUAGGAAUUGUUUAACAUAUUGGGAGGGUGCAGGAUAGUAAUGAGGGAUAUUAGAGAGAGUGAGAGAGGGGAGAGAGAGGGAGAGGGGAGUAAUGAUAAAGCAGUUGAAUGUAAUUUUAUGCAUGAAAUUUAAGGAUUACCAAUGCAAGUGUUGAAUAUUGUUUGGUUUUUUGCAUGCAUGCUUUUAACAUCGAAGAAUAGGAGAGAAAUUUGUGAUAGCUAGAGUUGAUCUAAGCUAUUUAUAUAUAUAUUUGAAUAGAGCUUGGAAGGAAUAAUUAGUCUUGUAAGUGGUCUUAUGCCUGUGCUCGCAUUGGAUUUAUUCUUUGCAAUGAGUUCUACAUGACUCAAUAUCAAUAACC